UUAUUUUUUUCCCCUCCCUCUCCUCAGGUGAUGCCGCUACGGAGAUGACAUGUUGAGGGCGGCAUGAUGCCUCUGGGAGCGGGCUUGCGGGCGUCCCUGCCCACACUGCCUCGCGCCCACCACGCCCACACACGCCCUCUCCUUCAGCUGGUGCUACUAGCCUUACCGCUGCUCGCGGUGGGCGCCACGGCUCCCCACCCAAGGACAAGUUCAUUCCGCUUCUUAAGAAGCCUCUACAAUGUCAGCAUCUACGAGAAUUCGCUGCCCAGGACGUACGUGGCCGGGGAAGAGCUCAUGGGCGUGGCGAUGGGGGACCUGCCGCCCUCCACCCAUGUCACUUACGAUAUAGUGGGCGGGGACCAAGAUGGCUUCUUUGCCGUGGAUUCCGAGGUGGUGGGGGGCGUGACGGUGAUGAAAGUGAGGACGAAAACGGGCUUGAGAGACGUUCUCAAUCGGGAACGUCGCGCGCGCUACUCGCUAGUGGUGGAGGCGCGGCUCAGGAACGCCGCCCACUGGGGUACCAAUCUCAAAGCCCGCGCGAACGUGACCGUUUCAGUGUUGGAUACUAACGACAAUAUACCGCUCUUCUACCCGACGGUGUACAAGGUGAGUGUGGGUGAGGACGCGUCCCUCCAUGCGUCGCUGGCGUCCGUCACCGCGCAUGACGCAGACGCCGGGUACAACGGUCAGGUGUACUACUCGCUGGAAGAUCACAAGACUAAUUUGUUCGCCGUCCACCCGACCACUGGCGUCCUGAGCGUCACGCGGCCGCUCUCUCACACGUCUGGACGCAUACACAGAGUUGCGGUGUUGGCGCAGGACCGCGGUCCGCAUCCCCGCAACCUGCGGUCCAUAGCAGCUGCUCGAGCCACGGUGGAAGUGCAGGUGCAUCAAGUCAACAUUAAUGCACCGCGCAUCACCGUGCAACACUUGCCGCAUGUGGUGGAACACUCCCAUACGCACAUCUACGCUAUCAUCAACAUACAUGACGCCGACGAGGGGCAGAGUGGCAGGGUAGAUAAGGUAGACAUCGUGGGAGGCGAUCCUGACCGCCUGUUCAGCAUUACGCGAGGAUCACAUUCAAAUGAAUACAAUUUGGCGGUGCUGAAGCUCCUGGACCGCGAACUGGCGCCUCAGGGUUACAAUCUGACCCUGCAGGCUAUUGACUGCGGCAUUCCCCCGCGCAAGACGCGCGUCAACGUCCAUGUCAACAUCGCUGAUGUGAACGACCACGCGCCGGUUUUCGCACGAGAGCAGUACGAAGAGGCAGUGAGCGAGGAAGCGCCGCCCGACACACCCGUCGUCAGAGUCGCAGCUUCGGACACCGAUCAGGGGAUCAAUGGAAGAGUUCUGUUUAGAAUAGUUGCCGGUAAUGACGAUGACAAGUUCAACAUCAACCCUCGAACAGGUCUUAUUUCGACUGCCGACUGGCUGGACCACGAGACUACCGCCUACUACAGCGUAACUGUCGCAGCCGUGGACCAGGCCAGCAACGCCCGCCGGAAGCAGUCGUCGGCCAAGGUCAUCAUUCGAGUACUGGACGCAAAUGAUAACGCCCCACAGUUCAACACUCCCAACACAGAGGUCACGCUCGACGAAAAUGAACCGGCGGGGUCGUACGUCACUCGCAUGGUCGCUUCUGAUGUCGACUCUGGGGAGAAUGGUUUUAUAUCUUACAGCAUCGCUAACCUUGACCAAGUACCCUUCGUAAUUGACCCCUUCGAUGGAACAGUACGUACGUCAUCCGUGCUUGAUUAUGAAGCCCAACGGCGCGUCUAUACCAUCAAGGUUCGAGCCUCGGACUGGGGUACACCCUUCAAGCGUGAGACAGAAACAACUGUGAAAGUUAAAGUUCGUGAUGUUAAUGACAACCGGCCGCAGUUUGAAGGCGUUGACUGCAAAGGUUGGGUGUCGGUGGACGCCCCGGUAGGCACCAGUGUCCUCUCCCUCUCGGCCUUGGACCUGGACAACGCCAGUAUAGUUAGCUACAAACUACAGAACGAUAUGGAGGAAGAGUGCUGGGUUAUGGACGCAUCCUCAGGCGUUCUUGCUCUCACCUGCGAUCUCAGGAAAGCCUUUAUCACCGGCGGGAGGCUGAAGACCUACGUUCUCAAUGUGACGGCCACUGAUGGCACCCACAUAUCAGACCCAACUAGCGUGACAGUGGCAGUCAUCACCCAGAGGAGCGAGGACCACGGCAAUGUAAGACAACACUCUCAUGUGGAGUGCCACGAGACGGGGAUUGGCACCAAGGCAACGGAGGUCGAAGCUGCGGCCGCGGAGAACAAUGCAGCAGUGGAGCACUACGCCCUCUUGCCGCUCCGCUACGGCUACAAUUCUCACGCCCCUGACCUACCCGAAAAAUUUCCCAGCAUGAUUACGGUUCGCGAAGAUGCUGAGAUUGGUAGAAAACUACUGACGGUGGAAGCCAGUGACCACGACAGGGGCCACAACGGGCGGGUGGUCUUCGCGGUGUCCAGCGGCGACACGGACUCGGUUUUCAGGAUUGGCAUCGAGUCUGGAGUACUGGAGGUGGUGGCCGAGCUGGACCGCGAGCGGACUCCUGAAUAUUCCCUAAACAUUACCGUGUACGAUCUUGGUGUUCCACAUAAGAGUGUGUCAAGGAAUCUCACCGUUCGAGUCGCUGAUGUGAACGACAAUGCUCCCGAGUUCAGUCGCGUAAGUUACAGUCUGCACUUGCCAGAAAACACUCGUAAUGGAACUAGCGUGGCGCAGCUGAGUGCCCAAGACGCCGACGAAGGUCUAAACGCUAAAAUAUCUUACGAACUAGUGACCGACGUGGAAGAGUUUACAGUUGACAGAGCGACCGGGGUAGUGUACAUGUCUGGUGGGCUGGACCGCGAGCGUCGUAGCGAGUAUGAUCUACGAGUUCGGGCUUGGGACAGCGCCUUAGAGAGCCCGCGCUCGGCGCUGGCGCGAGUGCUAGUGACUGUUCUCGACAUCAAUGACUGCCCACCUGAAUAUGGUGCAGCUAGCAGACUGGCGGUAGAUGUCCCGGAAGACCUGCCCCUAGGAGCUGUUGUGGCCACACUUCAGGCAACUGAUCAGGAUAUGGGUAUGGGUGGCCAGAUCAAAUACAGUCUGGUGAGUGGUCACGGAGAUGCCUUCCGCGUCGACGAAGAGACGGGAGUGGUGCGGCUGUCAACACCGCUGGAUUUUGAAACCCGCCAGACGUACAAUGUGUCAGUUCGGGCCCAAGAUGGAGGCUCUCCGUCUCUAGAAGCUCACGCUUCACUCUUCAUCCGCGUCCAUGAUGUAGACGAGAACUUGGGUCCUCCAGUAUUCCCGCAACGCGUGGUGCGGGGUCGUGUGCGGGAGACCCUGGCUCCAGGAGCCCUUGUGACGACCCUAACGGCGUGGGACCCGGACCCAGGUCGUCUCACAUACGCCAUUACUGCCGGCGAUGGCGUUGGCUACUUCACCAUCGACAGAGAAGGUAAGUCAGAUAACUCCUCAUUGUGUCUAGUGUUCAAACUUCAUUUGUGUAGUAGGCAUCCAUCAGUCUCAGGAGACUAUGGAGCUGCGCUCUGGUUGUCGGUCUGGAGUGGCCUCCCCAGGGCGCAAAUCCAGGCAAAUAUUUGCCAAAUACAUCCAGAAUGCAAAUAUUUGUGUAAUAUUUACGUAAUGGUCUUAAUAAUAUUUUAAUCGGUCUUUAGUAAC